CACGAUCCGCCUCCUACGGAAGCCGAAGCGCACAGGCAGACUCCGGAAGAAAAACAACCUGGAGGGACCAGUGCCGCUAACACCGGCGACCUAGGGCUGCUCCGGCCCGCACUGGCUGGAGCGCGGAGACACGAGCCUACGGGGUCACAGCUUGGGAAUGAUGUCGGCUGCGUGUCCACGGAGGCCGAACGCUCCGAAAGGCUGUGUACUCAGUAUACAUGUUCUGACAUGGAAUGUGGCCUCAGCAGCCCCUACUGUGGACCUCAGUGACCUACUUCAACUGAACAACCAAGACCUGAAUCUGGACAUGUAUAUCAUUGGUUUGCAGGAAAUGAAUUCUGGACUCAUAAGCCUUCUUUCUGACGCUGCUUUUGAAGACCCAUGGAGCAGUUUCUUCAUGGAUGUGCUUUCCCGCCUGAACUUUGUCAAGAUCUCCCAAGUCCGCAUGCAGGGGCUUCUCUUACUGGUCUUUGCCAAAUAUCAGCAUUUGCCCUACAUCCAGAUCAUCUCUACAAGAUCCACCCCUACUGGUCUCUACGGGUACUGGGGGAACAAAGGAGGAGUCAACAUCUGCCUGAAGCUAUAUGGCUACUAUGUCAGCAUUGUCAACUGCCACCUGCCUCCCCAUCUGUCCAACAAUGAUCAGCGGCUGGAGCACUUUGACCGAAUCUUGGAGAGUCAGACUUUUGAGGGAUAUAAUAUCCCCAACAUCCUGGACCAUGACCUCAUUCUGUGGUUUGGAGACAUGAACUUUCGCAUUGAGGACUUUGGGUUGCUCUUUGUUCAGGAGUGUGUAGCAAAGCAGUACUACCACGAGCUGUGGAAGAAGGACCAGCUCUACAUUGCCAAGAGACAUGACCCACUGCUCCGGGAGUUCCAGGAAGGUGCCCUGCUCUUCCCACCCACCUACAAGUUUGACAGGCAUUCCAACAACUAUGACACAAGUGAGAAAAAACGCAAGCCUGCAUGGACUGACCGCAUCCUGUGGAGGCUGAAGCGGCAGCCCCAGGCCAGCCCCUUGGCCUCCAGCCUGCCAACCUCCUACUUCUCGCUGACGCUAAAGAGCUACGUCAGCCACAUGUCGUACAGCAUCAGUGACCAUAAGCCUGUCACUGGGACCUUCGAGUUAGAGCUGAACCCCCUGAUGUCUGUCCCACUGGUCACCAUGAUGCCUGAAUACCUGUGGACCAUGGAGAACGACAUGUUGAUCAGCUACACCUCCACCCCAGAGUUCCUCAGCAGCCCCUGGGACUGGAUCGGACUGUACAAGGUCGGGAUGCGCCACAUUAACGACUAUGUGUCCUAUGUCUGGGUUGGCGACAACCAAGUCGCCUUUAGCAACAACCCAAACCAGGUAUACAUCAACAUCAGUGAUGUCCCUGAAACUGAGGAUCAGUUUCUUCUCUGUUAUUACAGCAACAAUCUACACUCUAUAGUAGGGAUAAGUCAGCCUUUCAAGAUCCCGCUUCGCUGCUUUUUGAGGGAUGAUGCACUGUAUGAGCCUGGGUCACAGAUCUGAAUCCAGAUGGGAGUGAAUGAAUCCAGGGUGGAGGCUAGAACUGGAAGCCAGCUCUGCCUCAGCACUGCCAGGAGCGCUGGGUCUGGCCCAGCCCCUGAGGAGGCAGCUGAGUAUCCUCUAGCUCCCCACCUCCUGGGGGAGCUCAGCCUGACUCCUCUGCUCUCUCCAGGCCAGAUGAACUGGCCAUUUAAUACAGGUUCUUGUUACUGA